CCUUGAUGAAGCAGUGAAAUUUUGCCCUAACAUUUUGAGAGCACAAACCAUGGGAUGUCGAAAUUCUACAAUCGAAUCUGAUGAUGAAGGCGGCUAUACAACAUUUGCUAACAAAGAUGCACCAGAGAACAGGAAGGAAAAGAGCAGCCAGGAUGCACAUAUGAAGUACGCAACUGAAGGCUCAAAUAAUGAAGGAGGAGCAAAACGCCAUGCUUCACAGACGGAUAUAAAAGAACAGACGACAUUUACGAGCACCGAAAAUAUAGUUAUAGAGCAAAACAAAAACGCGAUGGCUGUAAAUGGUAAUGGUAAAAACAGUGCUGAAGAUUUUAAAAAUCAAGCAACAGAAAAGAAGACAACAGUAAAUGACAAUCAAAACAUAAACACAAAAGACAAUGAUACUAAGAUUUUAGAAAGGACCCAGUUUGACAAACAUAAAGCAGAACAAGAGCGGAACAAAGAAUUGCAACAGCUGAAAGAUCAACUUCAAGAAAGAAAUGAUAAGAUAAAACAGCUAGAUAAGACAACAAAAACAAGCGAACGUGCCAUGGAUGAAAAAAACCCUGUGAGACCGGAAAGAAAUCGUUUGAAACGGGAACAUGAUCAACUUAAGACCCAGUUUGACAAACUUACAGCAGAAAAUGAAGAACAGAAAAAAGAAUUGCAACAGCUGAAAGAUCAACUUCAAAAAGGAAAUGAUAAGAUAAAACAGCUCGUAGAGAAAAAUAAUGAGCUGGAGGAAGAAGUCAAACAAACACAGGAUAGAUGCACUAAAACUUUGGAAGGAAGCGAGUCUAACAGAAAAAUGCACAUCCAACUGGAAAAAGAGAAAGUUGAAUUGCAAAAGAAAUUUACAGACUUCGAAAGAAAGGCAAACAAAAAGAUAGAAAGACUUAACCAGGAAAUGAACGACUUAGCAAAGGAAAAGGAUAAGGCUCUUGUUAUAAAGAAGAACGAAUUAAGAGACGUUCAGGCCGAAAAAGAAGAUCUUCUUCUUAGAUUAAGUGAAAUGACAGGUAGACGCCUAACUGAUAAUAAUGCAAACAUAGCAGAUCUAAGUGACCAGAAUAGACCAACAAAACUGGCUGAGAAAUAUGCAGAGUUAUACGAUAACGAAUGGACAGAUGCCUUCUCUUAUCUACAAACUCUUGAUGUCUCUAAAGAUUCAGAAAAACGCAUCAUAGAUAUAUUACUGACUAUUCUAGUUGAAGCAUUCACUCUAUCGACAAAAACAGCCGAGAAACAACUAGAUACAGUUCGUAAAACACUUGAAGAUUUCUACGGGAAAACAUCACAAAAUAGAGACCAAGUACAAGAUCUUAUAAAGAAAUUAAUAGAUCAGAGGAAAAAAGUCACACAACCAAGCAUCGACUUAGAAAAGGAAUACAAGGUUACAGUAUCAAGAAAGAUCAAAGACCUUCCACCCUCAUCGUUGGAAUCAGAAGCAUUCAAACCUUUUGUACAGAAAUGUCUCGAAUUAUGCUGGUUAAUGGCAAUACAAGACCCACCAUUAUAUUUAACGCUAGAAAAUUGCAAAACAGGCCAAAUAUUUGAUCGAAACACUUUCAAAGAAUACACAAAGUCCGGCGGAUAUAUAGAGUUCGUUGUGUGGCCUGCUGUCUUUUUAGAAAAGGGUGGGCCACUUCUUUGCAAAGGUGUUGUGCAAUGUAAGAAAUCUAACUCGUUUCAGUUAAGAAGCAAGGAUGGUAGCCAAACAGGUCAGAGGCUAGCUAAAUCUCUGUACUCUAAAGAUACGACUGUUACAUUAACAUCUACACUAAGUCUUGACUCUGAAAAAUGCAAUAAAUCUUCUUCUCUGACAAAUGCCAGUCAAGUAAAUGAUCAAUCUGGAAACACAAAACUGUAGAAAUAAAUAAUGAUUUAAGCAUAAAACAUUCAGUACAAUUAAUUUUGUUUUGUUUCAUUUGUUUGCGUGGAAUUAUUUUGUUUUAUUAGUUUGCGUGAUUUGGGUUGAAUCUGAGCCCAUGCAUUAUCUUAUAUUUUUUGUGUGACAUCAUACUGCUCUAUAUGCACAUUUGAAUGAGAUAUAAAGAGGCACUUCUGGAUAAGGCGAUUUGAGCAUUUCUUGAGUACAAACAGCCACCAAGUGGUAUGUUACAAACGUUUGUUUGGUCAGAAUAAUCAAUUUUACUUUAACCUGUAUUAAAGAUAUAAGGCACUGUAAACUUUAUAAUUGUGUUCAAAUAGUUAAGUCAUCCUGUUACGAGGUGUAUUUGUCGAUGACGUCAUAAUUAACAAUAAUUAGCCAUGUACUUUGUACAGGAUGUCAAAAUGAAUACGGUGAUACAAAACUGUUAUUUUUGAAAAUAAAAAUAGAGAAUAAGCAGAAUAAAGCAACGGUACGUUAUAUAUAAAGAUACAAAUUGAGUUUCAAAUACCUGAUAUAUACUGUAUAUAUUGAAACAAUAAACGGAUUUAUAGCUAGUUAAAACGCAACUCGAAUUAGUUUGCAUUUAUUUCUAAUUCUAAUUUACACAGAUCGCAUUUCUGCAGAUAUGAAACGAUUUGUUGAAUACAUUGUCUUGAUACAAUCAUUUUUGUUUUAAUAUAUCUAUUGCAUGCAUUUCUAAAUAUAUCGCUUUGUGAAACCAAUAUGUUAUACUGAAUACCUUCAUGAGUAUUUGUCAUGCCAAAAAAAUCAGAACAAAAACAACAUUUUGUGUCUAUCAUUGUUCUAAGUUGUAUAUUUCUGAAUUAUUUGAAAGUGACACAUUCUAUACAACAUCUACUUAGCACUUUUAUAACUAAGAUUUAGUUCUUAUAACCAUUGUUAACACAUUUCCAGUUAGUAGCUAUAGAAAGGAUUUAAACAAUAUAUAUAUUAUUUUGUGAAAAGGACAGUGUAGUCAGGUUAGCUUGAAUUAUGAACUUUAGCUUAAUUAUCAUCACAUUGGAUUAUAUUUCGUUUGUAGUAAGGUUAAAUAUAUUAAUAAACAGAUAAAAAUUU